UCAGCCCUUCUCUGCUCUCAAAUAUCCUCUUCCAACUCUUGAGAGUCUUAUCAGCCAAUUUUUGUUUCGUAAUGGACGCAAAAGUAGAGAUGGAUCCAGUAAAGAAAGGAGAACCAGUAGAAAUUGACGAGGAGAAAUGGGUUUAUGAUGCUUCCGUGGAUCAUAAAGGAAGAGUCCCCUGUCGCGCUACAACAGGCGUCUGGAAGGCCUCCCUCUUUAUCAUUGCUGUUGAAUUCAGCGAGAGGUUGAGCUAUUUUGGAAUAGCAACAAGCUUAAUCAUUUAUCUGACUAAAGUGAUCCAUGAAGAUCUCAAAACAGCAGCAAAGGGUGUCAAUUAUUGGUCUGGGGUAACCACCAUGAUGCCACUUCUUGGAGGAUUCUUAGCUGAUGCAUACCUGGGCCGUUUCUCCACAGUCCUCAUCUCAUGCAUCAUCUAUAUCAUGGGUCUGCUUCUCUUAACGAUGUCUAGUACGAUCCCUGCUUUGAAACCCUGUGACAAUAUUGGCAUUUGCCUCGGCCCCAGGAAGGUCCAUGAAGUGAUAUUCUUCCUUGGCAUCUAUUUGAUCUCCAUCGCAACAGGAGGACACAAGCCAUCAUUGGAGAGUUUUGGAGCUGACCAGUUUGAUGAUAAUCAUCCAGCUGAAAGAAGGCACAAAAUGUCAUUUUUCAAUUGGUGGAACUUUGGUCUCUGCUGUGGACUGUUACUAGCAGUUACUCUUAUCGUUUACGUGCAAGAACACGUCAGCUGGGGUAUGGCAGAUAUCAUUCUUACAGUGGUGAUGGCUUCCACAAUUGUGAUCUUCUGUGUUGGAAAACCUUUUUAUCGCUACCGGCGGCCAAGUGGAAGUCCAUUUACACCAAUGCUUCAAGUUAUCGUUGCAGCAAUUUCCAAGAGGAAACUAUCAUAUCCUUCAAAUGCUGGUGAUUUAUACGAGGUUUCCAAAUUCGCAGAGACACAGGGAACGCUUUUAUGUCACACUCAGAGGCUCAAGUUUCUUGACAAAGCUGCAAUUGUUGAUGACAAACAAAAUUGUUCAGCCAACAAAAAGCAAUCUCCAUGGAGACUUGCAACUGUAACUAAGGUGGAAGAACUGAAACUAGUAAUCAACAUGAUUCCUAUCUGGCUAACAACUUUGCAAUUUGGUAUUUGCUUGGCACAAGCCUCAACAUUCUUCAUCAAACAAGGGACAGCACUAAAUCGCAAGAUCAUUGGUGGUUUUCUCAUUCCACCAGCGUCAAUUUAUUGCAUUACAGCCGUUGGAAUGCUAGUUUCUGUCUCUGUUUACGACAGAAUACUGAUACCAUUCUUAAGAAGGCUAAGAGGGAACGAAAGGGGAAUCCAGAUUCUGCCCAGGAUCGGCAUUGGGAUGAUUUUCUCAAUAUUGACAAUGGUGGUUGCAGCUUUGGUAGAAAGAAAGAGACUGGGUGUUGUGGAAGAAAAUCCAUCUAAAGCUUCAACAUCAAUGAGUGUGUUCUGGCUGGUGCCGCAAUUUCUAAUCAUUGGCAUAGGAGAUGGAUUUACUCUCGUAGGCUUGCAAGAGUACUUCUACGACCAAGUCCCGGACUCCAUGAGAAGCUUAGGAAUUGCGUUUUACCUAAGUGUAAUUGGAGUGGCAAACUUCCUAAGCAGUGCUUUGAUAACUAUGGUGGAUCGCAUAACUGAGAGGACUGGCAAGAGUUGGUUUGGGAAAGAUAUAAAUAGCAGCCACUUGGACUACUUUUAUUGGUUGUUGGCAGGCAUGACAGCAGUAAACUUGGCUAUAUAUGUGCUUGUUGCACGGCAAUAUUCUUACAAGAACGUGCAGAGGACAACGGUGGUGGUGGCGGAUUGCUACGAGGGUGGAGGAGUCGAAGAAAUGGCUUAAUACAUCCAGAUGCUACUAGGUCAGUCACGACAGAGGCGAAACUAAAGUAUUCCAAUCUCCAGUAGUAACUUCUGAUACAUCUUAUUACUGUAUUUGUCGGCUUUCAUUUUGUAUAUAUGCUCUAUCCGGUUUAAAAAAUUAAGUAAUUCCAAUGAAAAUAUGGAACCA